CUGACACGUCUGAUAAAUUAGAAAGUACAUUGAUUCAUGUUGUGAACGUCGGGAUUUGUAAAUUAAAAGACGAUUAAAAACGGUGGAAAAAUGUGCUCGAUGGAAGAUUUAAAGCAGCAAAUUCAGGACUUGCAAAAUGAACUGAGUCGUUUGAAAAAUGGAACCAGCGGGGGUCACAAUGUUAGAGAAAAAAUAGAAAAAAUGUCCUCAGAAGUAGUAGAUUCCAAUCCAUACAGUAGAUUAAUGGCCCUGCAACGUAUGGGAAUAGUGAAUGAAUACGAGCGAAUUCGACAGAAAAGUGUGGCUGUAGUAGGUGUGGGAGGUGUCGGUAGCGUAACAGCUGAUAUGUUAACACGUUGCGGUAUAGGCAAACUUGUCCUGUUCGAUUAUGAUAAAGUGGAGUUGGCCAAUAUGAAUCGGUUAUUCUUUACCCCGGAUCAGGCAGGUCUCUCAAAGGUUGAAGCUGCAGCCAAAACCUUGAAUUUCAUCAAUCCCGAUGUGAAAAUAUUGACUAAUAACUACAACAUAACGACGGUGGAAUCCUUCGACAAAUUCCUACACGCAAUUAAGACGAAUGGAAUCGAGAAUGACACUCCAGUAGAUCUAGUGCUCAGCUGCGUUGACAAUUUCGAAGCUAGGAUGGCCAUAAAUACGGCAUGUAAUGAGCUAUCCUUAAAUUGGUUCGAGUCAGGAGUUUCGGAAAAUGCUGUUUCUGGUCAUAUACAAUUCAUUCGCCCAGGGGAGACAGCUUGUUUUGCAUGUGCGCCGCCGCUGGUAGUGGCUGAGAAUAUUGAUGAAAAGACUUUGAAACGGGAAGGAGUAUGUGCUGCUAGUUUACCAACCACAAUGGGAAUUGUAGCGGGAAUGCUUGUUCAAAAUACGCUGAAGUAUUUACUGAAUUUUGGAACAACAUCGGAUUAUCUUGGUUAUAAUGCGUUAAUCGAUUUCUUCCCCAAGAUGAGCCUUAAACCGAAUCCUACUUGCGAUGAUCGAUAUUGUAUCGAGAGGCAAAAAGAAUUUGCAUCGAAGCCUAAAGCAAUUGUGAUCGAAGCUGUUCAGGAGGAAGAUGUGCCCUUACACGAGGACAAUUGCUACGGCAUCGAAUUGGUGGAGGAAAAUGAACCCGAGAGCGCCCCAUCUCUCUCGUGUAUCACUGCCUCAAGUGGUUUGAAAUUAUCAUACGAAGCACCGGAAACACAAUCUGAUGUUGCAAUUGAUAGUACCCAAAGUGACGACGUUAGUUUAGAUGACCUCAUGGCACAAAUGAAAGCCAUAUAAAAUAAACAUUCCGCACUGUGAAUGCACAUCUUAGUUCUGAUCUAUAAAUAUAUUAAU